CGCCCUUCCGCCUUGUGUGUAGGAAACAUACAAACGCGCCACACUUCGCUUGCAGGCGCAGGCCGCGGCCGUGCUUUUCUGCCUAGGCUGCCUAGGCAAAUAAAAGGAGGGGGCGAAGCAGCCGGCCCUGUUCUAUUUGGUUUGCUGCUUCUGAUCGCGCCGGCCCCUCCUGGUUUGCUUUGCGUGUGGCAAACCGAGGCGGCCCCGCUGGUUUCUAGCUGGCCGCUUUUCUGGUGUGCGCUCGCAGGCAAACAAAGACACCGCCGCCACCGCUGCGCAGCCAGUGUGCGUUGCAGCCAUUUUUUUCGCGUCGGCCGCGAAUGACAGACGCAGGCGGCUCUGGGACGGAGGGUUGUGUCUUUUCGUGGUGGCCUCUGGGACGGAGGGCUGUCUCUUUUCUGGCUUUGCG